CUGGGCCCCGCCCCCUCAGCUGGCCCCCGGCGGUCUCUCGUGCGCACGCGCGGAGGUUCCGUGACCGCGGGCCGGGAGCGGCGGCGCCGGGCCCUGUUCGGGGUCCCCAGGAGAAGAUGGUGUAAGGCCGGCUGGGCUGCCCCUCGGAGCCGCGUGGUGCCCGGAGCUCAGGGAGGAGCAUGGCUGCAGCUCAGGGAGCGGGAGGCGGCUCAGGCUCAGCCGCGCCCUCGGGCCCGCCCGCUUCUGCCCCGGGCCACGGCAGCGGCUCCACGGCAGUGGCCGUGUGGGAGUGGCAGGAUGAGUUCGGCAGGUGGAGGCCGUACCGAGGCAAUGUCUGCAGCUACAUUGAGCAGGUUAUCCAGGCCUCGCAGCAGAAGGGCCGGCGCUCGGGGUCGGGGCUGGUCAGCAGCAUUCCUUUGGGACACGCCGAUCCCGCCUUGGCUCCCUAUGUCAUCGACAUUCCAAGCCUGACACAGUUCCGGCAGGAUACAGGGACCAUGCGGGCUGUCCGCAGGCACGUCUUCCCGGGGGACUCUGCUGCUGGCCAGGGCGUCGUGUGGGAGUGGCAGAACGACGAGGGCGGCUGGUCCCCGUACGAGAUGAACGUCUGCGUGUUCCUGGAGCAGGCCCGUGCCACCAACCACCAGCGAGUGGAUCUGGGGCCCUUGGGCUACAACUAUGAAGUUGACUUUGUGGCUCAGGUGCAGACCAACAAGAGCACGCGCUUCCGCCGCAGCGUUCAGAGGCGCUUGGACGCCCCAUACCCGGUGACCACCUCCACCACACCCCUUCACACUGGGGUGGGAUGUUCUUGCCAGCAGUGCUGGCCAAACAGCGGGACUGGCCCCAUCACCACACGCUACCGACACUCCACAAACUCUCCCAACUCUGCCACUGCUCAUCAGGUUCCCGGGAGGACAGCGUCUGUCAGUUCCUCCAACGUCGGCUUCGUGCCCUAUAACAAACCUGCUUUGACUGGAGCGAGGUCAACACCAAGACUCAAUGCACAGAGCACCUUGGUUUUGGCUCAGACUGGGAGCCUCAGUGCAGCAUUGGCAGCAUCUAAUGGAGUCAGUGCCCAGGCCCUGCCUGUCAAGAUGUCCAAAUCCAGCAGAGUGAGCCAGGCCCUGGCAGGCAUGACAGCUAUUCUGAUGUCAGCCGCCGGACUGCCCGUGCACCUCACCCGUGUGCCUCAAGCUGCCAGCACCCAUAAGGCCACUAAAAAACACAGCUCAGUUAAGGAGGGGAGGAAAGUGUCCAAGAAAGCCACACCAACAGAGCCAGAGUCAGUGGUGAAGAAGUACCUGGAGGAGCUGAAGGGAGCUCCUGCUGAUGAGGACUGCAUGAUCUGCAUGGAGAAGCUCUCCUCCCCCUCGGGCUACAGCGACUCGUGCCCCUCCAGCAGCAUCAGGCCAGAGGCUGUGGGGCGCCUGAGGAGCUGCCAGCACUCCUUCCACCUGCUCUGCGUGCUGGCCAUGUACUCCAACGGGAACAAGGAUGGCAGUUUGCAGUGUCCCUCCUGUAAAACCAUCUAUGGAGAGAAAACUGGUACCCAGCCCAAAGGGAAGAUGGAGAUCUCCACUUUUCCCCAGUCCCUGCCAGGACACAAGGACUGUGGGACAAUCAGGAUUGUGUAUCACAUCAGCAGGGGCAUCCAGGGCCCAGAGCACCCCAACCCUGGGAUGCCAUACACAGCCAGAGGCUUUCCUCGCUAUUGUUACCUGCCAGACAAUGAGAAGGGCAGGAAGGUGCUGGAGCUGCUGAAGGUGGCCUGGAAGCGACGCCUGAUUUUCACAGUGGGCACCUCCAACACCACGGGCGAGAGCAACACGGUGGUGUGGAACGAGAUCCACCACAAGACUGAGAUGGACUCAAACCUCAGUGGCCAUGGCUACCCUGACCCCAACUACCUGGACAAUGUGCUGGCAGAGCUGGCUGCCCAGGGUGUCACUGAGGACUGCCUGGGCCAGUGAGCCUCAGGGGCCACUAGUGCACUUAUUCCUGAUGCCUUAAGCUCCCUGUCUGACCGCCCAUCACACUGAGCAAUAACAGUUCCGUGGGAGCCCUGCCCGCUCUUCACAUUUUUUUUGGUGGGGGGGGUGUGGGGGAGGGAAGGAUAUUUUUGUAGAAGCUGUGCUUGUGUCUCUGGGUGGGAUUGAUGGCUGCAGCCUGGAGCAGCUGGGUUGGGACUGAGGUGACAAAUCCCCUGGGGAAGGCAGGACCUUCCUUUGGGAAUGCCUGGGGACAGGAUGGGAGAGGAGAGUGCCUUGGAAGUCAGACAAGGUCCUCCUUUUGGGACACAUCAGCUCCCUGUCUGAGGCACCUCUUGCCUCCCUCCUGCUGUGUAUCUCUGCUCAGCCCCAAUAAACUCUUCAUUCUCACAGCAAGACCCUGCUCUGCCUUCCUGCUGCCUCGGGGUGUGGGGUGGCUCUGGGGAACCAGCCUGCUCCAUGGACAUGAAUCCAGCCAGGAGGGAGAGCUCAGAUCUGCUGGGGGACACACCAGGACACUGCUCCCAGUGCUUUGGCCACUGGAGUUUGGUGUUCUGGGCCAUGGUGCCAGCAGAGGUGAAUUAUCAGUGUCCACCCUGUGGGAAGCUGCAGCCGCCUGCUCUCAUCCCAACGAUGAGAGGCAGAAGCUGUCCCUCUCUCCCCUUCUCAGGUGAAAUGGCAGCAAUUCAGUGAAGCCUGUGCAGGCAGGAGCUGCUGUGCUUUGUGCUGCUGGUGCCACCAGCUGGUGACAGCCACCUUCCUCCCAGCAGCAGAGGUGGCCAGCCCAGGUGCCAGCAGCGAUGCUCAGAGCCUGUCCCUGCUGUGGCUGCUGGCACCUUGCAAACGGGACACUGCCCCAGCCCCAGUGGCCUUGCUGUACAUUGUCCCCAGGCUCUGUGUCACAUGGGAGCUGAUGUGUUUUUCUUGUCACCUGGGGCCUGAUAUCUUUUGAAGAGCUGUUUCUUGGGGACUGAUACCUUUUGGAAAGCUGUUUCUGGCUCUCCCCCUCUCUGUAGCCACCAGACCCAGCUGCACAUUAAAUCCAUCCAAUCCAUCCCUUUGGCACCAGUGCCAUCUGCCACUUCACCUCCUUCCUGGGAAAUCUGGGAUGGGGCUGGGCUUUGUGGCAGCUCUACAGAUGAAGAACACUUUGCUUCCUGUUAUGCCAAUAUCAAGAUUAAAGGUUUUUCUCAGCCAGUGGAGCUUUUCCCAGUGUCCAUCUUGUGCCUGCAGCUCUAAGGAGAAACCCCUCACCAUCCAGGGAAACCUGGGCAUGCUGCAGGAAUGGCAGCUCCUGGGCAGCUGCAGUGACGUGUCUGUGUUGCUAAGCUCUGCACAAAUGGGCUCUGUCUGCUCCUCUCC